AUGGCCACAACAACUGAAACCAUUACCAAGACGGCUAACAAUGUCGCCACAACCCCAGACCUACCCAGCCCUUUCGCAUCCCGCUAUGAGAUCCGCCGUCUGACCGAGAAAGACAUUCCCGUCGCCGCCGCCAUCAUGCUACACACCAACAUCUUCAGCUCUACAGUAUGGACUCAUGUCUACCCCGAGCAUAGCACGCGGCUCAACAUCAUCUACGACGGAAUGCCCGCCGCCGACUACCUCGUCCGCCACCAAGUCCUCUCCGGCCACAGCUUCGGCGUCUUCGACACAGAGUACAGAUACCGCACAAGCUCCGCCGAAGCCGCGGCCGGCGAACUCCAAUGGGACCUCACCAACCGCCCCGACCUCACCGCAGAAGAACUUGAUGCCCAGAUCGACAGCCCUAUCAUGUCCAUCGCCCUCUCCUACGACGGUUUCAACCCCCUCGAUAUGUCCAAACUCGCAGCCCUGAUCGGCUUGUUGCCGCUCUACGGCGCCAUCUUCCACCGCUUCGACACCACGGACCCGCGCGACCCUGAAUCGUACAAGCCAACAGCCGAGAAGCAGAUCUUGAUGCGCAACAGUACUUCCACCCGCGUUCCCGCGCAAGGCUUAGGCAUCAUGAGCAAAAUGGCAAAUUGGCUGAUGCUGUAUGCGCAGAAGCAAGGCUUUAAGCACAUCAACAUUGAGGCGUUUAGUGAAGUAGUAGGGCAAGUGUGGCGGAAUCCCAAGGGGAAGGGGAUGAGUGCCAUUGAGCCGACGGCGUUCCGAGUGGAGGAUUUUAAGGCCGUCAAUGAGAAGGGCGAGAUCUAUCGGCCUUUUGGAGAGAAGUGUGUGCAGAGAGUUUGUCGAGUGUUCGUGAAUUUGUAG